CUUCUUUAUUGUAUUAUUCAUCUUCAGAAACUUGAAUCAAAAUAAACAAGAGUUUUUAGGUUUUUCUGUAUAAUACUGCAUAUUAGCAAAUUAAUCAAGUUCACGGUACACGAUCAUGAUUGAGAUUGAGGAUGUUAUCGAGCCGACGCCUACAAGCACAGAAUCCAAAAAAAUCAAUGCUAUCGAUAAAGACACAGUACAUAAAAUUUGUUCGGGUCAGGUCGUAUUGAGUCUGGCAAUCGCCGUCAAGGAACUAGUCGAAAACUCAAUUGAUGCUGGAGCCACACUUGUAGAGAUUAAACUUAAAGAACAUGGAGCAGAUAUGAUCGAAGUAGCGGACAAUGGUAGUGGCGUGGAUGAAAAAAACUUUGAAGGAAUGACAGCCAAAUACCACACCUCGAAACUGAAGGAGUUCUCGGAUCUUGCAUGUAUAGAAACUUUUGGAUUCCGUGGAGAGGCAUUGAGCUCAUUGUGUGCACUCUCAGAUAUGGUAAUCGUCACUAGACAUGAAUUGGCACCUCAUGGAACCAAACUAGAACUUGAUCAUCGCGGAGUCAUUCGGAAACGGAGUCCUUGUGCCAGAUCGAUUGGUACAACGGUGUCCCUUUCAAAUUUGUUUUCGACACUGCCUGUACGAAAGAAAGAAUUUCAAAAAAACGUCAAGAAGGAAUUUUUUAAAAUGUGCCAAAUACUACAGGCAUAUUGUCUAGUUUCCGUAGGAGUGAGAAUCAUAUGUACUAACCAAAAUAAGAAAAGCGGAAAAUCGAUUAUCAUGAGUACUCAGGGCACCGGUUCCGUGUUGGACAAUAUAGCAACCGUUUUUGGUGCAAAACAAUCGACGGAGUUGGUUCAGCUACAACCCGCAAUCAAUAGCAGUGGCAAAAUAAUGGAUCUCAACGAGAGUGAUUUUGAUGAUAAUUUAGCACUCACUCAAGAAGAGGUGGAUACAUUGAAUCUGUCUAGAUUUGGAAUAGAAGGAUAUAUUUCGAGCUGCGCUCAUGGUUCCGGGCGAUCAUCCAAAGAUCGUCAAUUUUUUUACAUAAAUUCUAGGCCAUGCGAACCAAAGCAAAUCAUAAAACUGGUCAAUGAAACAUAUCAUAGAUAUAAUAACAGCCAAAAUCCGUUUGUGUUCAUCAACCUUAAAAUGGAUCGAACAGAUGUGGACAUCAACCUCACUCCCGACAAAAGACAAUUAUUGGUUAACAACGAAAAAAUACUUCUGUUAGCUCUUAAAAAAUCUUUACUGAAGACGUAUGGAAACAUUCCGUCGACCUACAAAAUGCAAAAUCUUGACGUUAGUGGAACUACACGACUGCUCAAUAUUUCCGUCAAAUCGCUAAACGGAACUGAAGAUGAAAAUGAUGACAGUCUUUCAACUUCAAAGGUGCAUGAUUUAUCGGAUGUUUUUAGUCAGUGGAAAUCAUCGAAUGAAACAGCUGAACGUCGUUCAACGAAACCGACUUGCAAUAAACGGAAGCGACCAACGACGAAAAGUUUACAGAAAAUUCACAACUUCUUGAAUGUAUCGUCGAAGAAUGCAUCUUCUCAUAAAGAAAUUGAUAAUCAAUCAGGAUCGGAGUCAGAGGGCGAAGACUUUGGAAAAUUGCCAAAAAUUGCACGAAACUCAACUUUGAUUGAAGACGACCGAACAGCGAGUGAAGAUAAAAUCGAAUGCGAAAUGAACGAAGCUGAUCAAAUUACGAAUUCGGAAUCGAUUCGAUCAAACGGUUUGAUUGAUGAAGAUGUGACAAAAGAAAGCGAAUUAGUAAAAAAUAUUCAGUAUGUUAGUGAAGGCCCAGUUGAAGUUCCUGCUUUGAACUUACCGACAAGAGUAAAAAUUGAGAUGUCAAAGAUUUCUGAUGAAGACCUGACUGGAAGCACAAUAUUAAAUCGCAACGACACGCCUUCCAUAGAACAAAACUCAACUCAUUCAAAAUUAUUGGUAAAGCGGGAAUCAGAAACCAUUGAAAUAGAGCAAACUCCAUCUGAUGACGAACUAUCAUUUCGAAUAAAUAACAAACGUACGCUUCAAACUGAUUUACCUUCUUUGAAAGAUUUGCUCGAACAAGAACAGGACCUGGUGAAUCGUGAAGCGAACAAGCGGCGGGCCUCAUUGAGCCGGCUCAAGUUUAAAAGUAAAAUUAAUCCUUCCAAUAAUCGAGCCGCCGAAGAGGAACUACAAAUGGAAAUUACAAAGAAGAAAUUUGCACGUAUGGAAAUCAUUGGACAGUUCAAUCUGGGGUUCAUUGUUGUGCGGCUGGACCAAGAUUUAUUCAUCAUCGAUCAGCAUGCAACCGAUGAGAAGUAUAAUUUUGAAGAUCUUCAGCGGAAUACGAUCCUGCAGAAUCAAAAACUUGUGGUUCCACAAUCUCUUGAGAUGACAGCUGUCAAUGAGAUGAUAUUGAUGGAUAAUUUGGAAAUAUUCGAGAUGAAUGGUUUCCGAUUUGAAAUAGAUGGCGGUGCAGAUCCUACGCGAAAGGUCAAGCUGGUGGCAAAGCCGUUCAGUAAAAAUUGGGAAUUUGGAAAAGAGGAUAUAGACGAAUUGAUAUUCAUGCUGCAAGAUGCGCCUAACACUCUAUGUCGACCGUCGAGAGUUAGAGAUAUGUUCGCGUCCAGAGCGUGCCGAAAGUCGGUUAUGAUCGGAAAAGCAUUGUCGGUUUCAGAGAUGCGCAAACUGGUGAACCACAUGGGCGAAAUUGAACAGCCAUGGAACUGUCCACAUGGACGUCCAACGAUGCGACACCUAGUGAAUUUGUCGAUGAUAGAACAAACAGAAACAGAAACUGAGGAAGUGAAGAAUAACUCACCGUAAAGUGGUGUAUGUAUUUCUUAUUUUAUUUUUAUCAAUAUUUAAUCAAAAAUAAAGGCUGUUUUGAUUUUCUAACGGUUUACCU